AUGAACAACGCGCCCUCUUUUCGGGAGCCUAGACGGCGAUCACGGCAGAGUUUCCGCAGCCAGGAGUUGUUGAACUCGCUCACGCUUUCGGCCGAAGCCAUUACGCUUCGAGCCGAUUCUGGGGACCCCGAGGAAGCAGCGGCCCGAGCGGCAUCGCGACGAACCAUGCGAGGAGUCACCACCGUGACGCACGCAAAGAUCAUGACGCUGAAGAAGCUCAAGUCCAUGCGCAAAUACCAUAUCGGCGUUCACGGGCCACUAAAGGAGGACGAAGAGGAAGCAGGGGAAGAGGAGGAGAAACGAGUGAAGAUCGAAGGUCUGUCUGUCAAAGUUCGACGGAAGUCGGUGAUGCCGAUAGACCCCGCCGUCUUGCCACGGAUCAAUCUCACCUCCCCAACACGUAAAAACACAGUUAAAACACCGCACGAGAAGCACGCCAUCGGUAAGUUCGAGACGCUCGACAGCAAGUGGAAGGCCACCAUUGACGGCGAAGUGGAGAAGUUCAUGUACCCGAGUCUGAGGCUUGAGCCGCUGUACGCGCAGGAGGAACCGACUCCAGAUGAAGACGCCACCACGGAUGAAACUCUCGAUGACAAGGCCAUGCCGUCUCCACGAACCAUCGAUGAGGUACUCGCGAAUACAUCGAAAGUCAGUUGGGAACUGGAG